AUGAUUCAUUAUCUCACUGCGGCUUGGGCUCGUUUCAUGCGACCUGACAGUAAGGGCCCCAACAGUCCGAUGCCUUCGGCUACCUCGUAUGGCUAUGAUAUCCAGUCUCGUGUACUUGGGAUUCCCGACAAAUACGGCUUCUUCUCGCAGGGCCCGCCACGCCUUCAGGAGUUUGAGGGAACACUUUUUGCUGUAUUGAUCCUUAUGCGAAUCGCAACGAUCUUGGAGGAGGCAUGGACCAUCUACACUGUUGAAUGCCCUCAAGGCAAGCCUCUGCUGCCUUUGCUAGCAUUGAAUGGGCUGGGUCACAUCAUGUCGAUCAUAUGCACAUGGGGCACCGCAAUCUGUGUCCGCGCCCUCCGUCGAAAGAAAGAACAAACCGGAACUGUUGGCAAAACUCUUCCAGUACCUAUAUCCAAUCCACUCGGGGAGAAAAGCUACUGCAAGGGGUCCAGAGAAUAG